GCUAAUUGUAUGUGUGUGUUUUUCUUGCGGAGUCGAUGACGGAGUGAGAGAUGUGAAAAUACCUUCUUAAAAACAGACCAGCUGUAGAUGGCCUGAGAGAGAUCUGAGGGGGAGGAGGAAGCUUGGAAAGAGGAAGGAGGUGCCACAUUUGCACUGCAUUGAGCUGUCGAUAUGAUACACAGGCAGUUGCAGGCAGAAUUUGAUUACUCGGGGUGGGGGAUGGAGAGGGCGGAAGGAGCACAAGGAGCAGAGGGUAAACAAUAGGAGCUAUUCAAAGAAUAUGGCAUGUAAUCAGUCUGAUCUGGGAUAACACAAAGCACCCCAUCUAGUCAGGGUUGUUUCUAGCACUUCACUGUUGUAACAGCUGUCUUUUGAAGGGGGGGAGGAGGCAGUGUUGAUGACAGAAAUGAGGGCAACCGCAAGGUUUACUUCUCAUUUUACGGAGAUUGUAUGCAGAGGGGAAGUAUCUACCAUUCAAUUUUUCACCUGCGCGGCCUGUUGCUCCUUUUGCUCUUGAGAACAGCUUGAAUGGGGGGAGAAGAGCAACCUAGAAAGGGACUGAACCAACGUUGGGUAUGGCACUGUUCUCUUUGCUGAGGGGGAAGGUCAACACCAUCAAGCAAAAAUAUUUGUUAAUGACAACUUAAGGAGUGUCUGAUAACUGCAAUGAAGAAGAACAGAGUGUUCAUCCAGAAACUGACCAGUGGAUUGAGACAGAUGUUCUCAAACAAUGAUGAAGCUGUGAUCAACAAAAAACUUCCGAAAGAACUGCUGCUUCGAAUAUUCUCUUUUCUGGAUGUGGUCACUCUUUGUCGUUGUGCUCAGGUUUCCAGGGCAUGGAAUGUUCUGGCCCUGGAUGGCAGUAACUGGCAGCGAAUUGACCUGUUUGAUUUCCAGAGAGAUAUUGAGGGUCGAGUAGUGGAGAAUAUUUCUAAAAGAUGUGGGGGUUUCUUGCGAAAGCUAAGCCUGCGUGGGUGUCUAGGAGUGGGAGACAACGCGUUAAGGAUAUUUGCACAAAACUGCAGAAAUAUUGAAGUAUUGAACCUAAAUGGCUGCACCAAGAUCACAGAUACGACAUGUACCAGCCUUAGUAAGUUCUGCUCUAAACUGAGGCACCUUGACUUGGCUUCCUGCACUUCCAUAACCAACCUGUCUCUAAAAGCACUGAGUGAGGGAUGCCCACUGCUGGAACAACUGAAUAUCUCCUGGUGUGACCAAGUCACUAAGGAUGGCAUCCAGGCUCUGGUGAGAGGCUGUGGAGGACUCAAAGCCUUGUUUCUGAAGGGCUGUACGCAGCUUGAGGAUGAAGCUCUCAAAUACAUUGGAACACACUGUCCUGAACUAGUGACUUUAAACCUGCAAACCUGCUUACAAAUCACAGAUGAUGGUCUCAUAACAAUAUGUAGAGGUUGCCAUAAAUUGCAAUCCUUGUGUGCCUCAGGCUGCUCUAACAUUACAGAUGCUAUCUUGAAUGCACUGGGACAAAACUGCCCGCGGCUUAGAAUAUUAGAAGUCGCAAGGUGUUCGCAGCUAACGGAUGUGGGCUUUACCACUCUGGCUAAGAACUGUCAUGAGCUUGAAAAAAUGGACCUGGAAGAGUGUGUUCAGAUAACAGACAGUACGUUAAUCCAGCUUUCCAUAUACUGUCCACGGCUUCAGGUGUUGAGUUUGUCACACUGUGAGUUGAUCACAGAUGAUGGUAUUCGUCACUUGGGGAAUGGUGCCUGCGCACAUGACCGACUGGAAGUGAUCGAACUGGACAACUGCCCUUUGAUCACAGAUGCCUCCUUGGAACACCUGAAGAGCUGCCAUAGCCUGGAGAGGAUAGAACUUUAUGACUGUCAACAGAUCUCACGGGCAGGAAUCAAGAGACUCAGGACCCAUUUACCCAAUAUUAAAGUCCAUGCCUACUUCGCUCCUGUGACUCCACCUCCAUCAGUAGGGGGCAGCAGACAGCGCUUCUGCAGAUGUUGCAUCAUCCUAUGACAUUGGAAUUGGUCAUCCUUGCAAACUGAGUAUUUAAUUACACUUCUAGAAUUACAGUGGACACCCGUAUCUUCAGUGAAAGAGAUCCGAGUGUCAUUUGCAAGGGCCAGUGAAAAGGGCUGUGGCACCGGGCCCCUGUAGCCACCCAUACACACGCAUAUACACAUGCACCACCUGUUCCAGCAACUGAUGAACUCUGUGACUUGGGAGCUGGAUCUGUGUUGUCUUUUGCUGUAGGUGGAUUGAUACAAUUCUGAACCAUUCCUACUGGGCAUGCUCAGAAGAAACUACUGGGGAGGGGGUUGUGCAAACUCAAAACGACGGCUGCUGGUUUUUGUUUCUUGUUUUUUUUAAUGUUGGAACAGCACCAAAAUCCUUCGAAGUUGGGUGGUGGGGGAGAAAUGAAUGUGCUUUAUUCUUGCAUCCACUGUCAAAAAAAAAAAAGAGGUUUUGUUUUCCGUUCUUCAGUAAGCGAAUGAAAACAGCAGCUAUUGUGAGACAUGAUUUACUGUGCUUCAGUACUUCCUUGUUUCCAUGCUAACACACUGAGCAUGCUCACAUUGAAGGUUCAUCAGUUUCUUCUGUGUUUUGUAGCAUUCAGCUCAGAGGCUUCCUAGAUUGUUGUGAUGAUAUAGCUUGAAAUCUGUAAUGUCAGGCUCAAUUUUUUUUAUCCCACCCACUGCUCUUUUUUUUUUUUUUUUUACAGAUUUCUAAUUUAGUAAUUUUUUGAGAUUAUUGAACAUAAGUUAUUUAUCAAUAAAAAUAAGACACUUUUUACCAUUAGAAGGCCGCGCCUGAAACUGCCUGUCUGAUGGAAAGAUCUUAAAUAGAAAGAGAGAGUGGAGCGCAGGCUAGGAUCUCGUGGGCUUGUUUGCCCAUUUUUACCAAUAUUUGGGUCUCACCUCUUUUGCAUUUCAAGUUUUACCCCAGCAAAGAGAACAUAGCUCACAAUGUAGGGGACACAGCUGCAUUCUACAGUCCAAUUAAUAUUGAUUCCCUGGCUCCUGCCCAAAAAAGGGAAGAAAAAAAAAAUCAGAAUUGCAUUACUGCUUGUUGCCCUCAUCAAGGAAUGACUCACUGUUUGAAGCAGAAGGGACAGAAGACCUGAAAAUCUGUCACUGAUUAUUGCCACAUUGUUGUGUAUUGAGUUUGUGAACUCUCAGCAACUUUGCUGACGUUUGCAUGUUCCACAGGUAAGUGUCUUGUCCUGGAGAAGCAUCCAUUUGAGUGAAAUGGGAGCUUCUUCUAUGUCACAAGGAUAUACCAUGCUUCCAGUUCCUCAGAACUUUCAAAAAGGGUAUAUUCUAGCACAUUGACGUGGUUAAUCUAUAUAGCAGCUGCGUUUUGAGUGAUUCAGGCAAGCUUAACCCUGCUGCUUCAAGGGAAGGUCGAGAACCUGAGACAGCCUCCAUGUAAUCAUUAAUUCCUUGAUACCAGGAGUCCAGAUUGCCCAGCACAAAAGAUGCUAACAGAUGCACUGGCAUUGCGAACUUAAUGGGGCAAACUUGAUCAGACUAUAGCAGGUUUCUGGAAGGAGUGAUCAGGUGUAAGGAAUUGCUCUUUUCCUGCUGUCAGCACUCUGGGAUAGAAGAGAGAGCACAUGUUUUGUGAAUUGUUCCCGACUGACUGAGACACAGAGGAAUGAAUAUGCUUAAUCAUCGUAAUUGUCAGAGACUGAGGAAGCGGCACUCCGCCUUUUAUGGAGAAGAAUUACAGGAGAUGGGGAAGAAGAGAUGGUUUUCUAAAGUACUAGUAAUAGACUUCAGAGCUCUGAGGGUUUGUUUUUUCCCUGCACAUUUAUGUGGAGGGCAGUGUUUUACCCUUCCCAGGCUGUCAUCACCACCUGAGUCAUUCAGGCAGUUAAAAGGGUCAUUUUUAAGCACUGUAUAAGCUAUGUUCCUUCAUCUACAAUUCAUUUCACCAAUCCAUCAGUAUGUUUGCGAAUCUGUGAGAUCCUGUGAAUCUGCUGGAAAGGCAUGUAGAAGAAACCCAGUAUGCGCUGUUUAAAAGGAUACUGACAGCUGUUUUCCCCCACAGAUAUUUUAAUUUUUGUAUCUGUUAUACUCAUGAAGCCCUCUUUAGAAGCUGAGAUAAUCUUUCCCCUGAACAGCAGAGCUCAAAUUCCAUUUGCAAAACUUGCUACUUUCCCUUGAUUCAAUAUGUCAGAAGGAACCUGGCUACUGGUUUAAAAUGUUGCAACUUAUUGACCUCCUGAGCAAGUCAGAUGUAUGUCAAUUGGGGCACUAGAAGUAGUCAGUGUUAGCACAGCUCUGGGAAUAAUCUUGUAGCUAAUUUCUGGUGGGGCAGGAGAAGAAAAACUAGUGAUUUUGUAAGUCCAGCUACAGAGGAGCUGUUUAAUUUCUUGGCAAUGGAUUGCUGGGGGGGAGGAACACAAUUUAGAAUCCAAAGCGUUUUCUUGAACAGGGUAACCGUUUGUGUGGCAUCCCAAACUACUUGACAGAGUCCAUUUAUGUCAAGAAUCUUUUAAAUGGUCUCUUCCUUUGUUUUGUAUUUAUAAAUACCAAUAAACAACCACUUUCCAAGUUUUGUCUUAUCAGACGAAUGCCUUUGUAGGGAAAGAACUUCAACAGCUUAGUGUUUUGGACAAGCUCCGGCUUUUGGAAUUCUAGACUAGGUCUCAGGUGCGUUCCCACUUUGUCUUGGUUAGCCAUCAGUCAGAUAUAUGGGAUUUCUAGGCACUGGCAGCAGGGUUAUGUAUCAGCCUAAGUGUUGCUGAUGCAGAAGUGGUAAUAGACUUGUGCACCAUUGUUUGACCUGAUGAAUACAGGAGGGUAUCACAUAUUGAGAUGAAGGGAUCGUCUUUUAGGGGGAGUGGAGGUUUUUGAGGGGAAAGGGAUGGGAAGUAGUGGAACUUCUUAGAGGUUCAGCAAGGAGCAAACCUGUGCUAAAUAUCUAAUCUGAUUUGAAGAUGACUGCUUGUGCCAAAUAUGAGAGCUAAAUUGAAGGACACCAGACUUCUUUCACUGGAGAGUGUCGUUUCCAGUGACUGUCAGUGCAGGUCUUAAAAAAAAAAAAAAAAAAAGACGUUGUCAGGCCAUUAACUGUUGCAUUUACUUAUUGGCUCCUGCCUUGCGCACCCACCAAAAAUCCCCACAUGCAGCCUAAAUUGCUGGGGUGGUUCCAUGGAAAUCCACGUGAUCCACAGUGAUAGUGGUAUAGGUUGAACCAUAUAUUAAUUCCUCUGCGUAACCUGUAUCUGUCUUUUCAACAUGCAGCAGCCGAAAGUUGUCCAUAGACUGGUACUGUAGUUCUCAAACUGCACCAGUCGAUGCGCUUUUGGGAGGGGGAGUGGGGACGACCUUCAGAACAGACAAGAAGGUAAAGUAAAUGAAGAUGUCUCGUACAAAGUGGUUCACAGAAUAGACAGAGAACCUCUGGACUAAUGGAAUUUGACAUCCUCCAGUAGAGGUGCUGUGAGAAGCUCUAGCAACCAAAAAUAAGAGGCUUUUUUAAUUAAUUUAAAAAAAAAAAAAAAAAGACAGCAGUACUUUCAGUCAUGAUUCUAGAGCUGCUCCUGAAAAGGGCGGGACAAAAAGGUGUAGCAUGCUGUCACAAUUAAUAUUU